AUGAGGGCUACUCCAUUCUUGUUUAUUUCGUUCCUACUCCUGCUGGUCUGGAGCCCCAUCGCCCAAGGAGCAGCUAUCCCAAAUUCGAACAUCCAGUCUCUCGAUGUGACCGACUCCCCAGCCCUGAUAAAACGAGGCUGUGUUCCUAGCAAGCAGAACCCCAAGAAGUGGGCUUGCAACAGCGAAGUCCCAUCCGUGGCUGACCUAGUUACUAAGAUUAAAGAAUACAAGCAGGUCGGUUACAAGGACUCGCUCUUCUACAACAACCUACAAGGCGAGUCAGCUAUAAAAGGGCCACCGAUUGUACCGGAGGAUGCAGCCUGGGGUGGCUAUGAGUAUCCUGCUCUUACCCGCAACCCUUAUGUUAAUAAGAUUAUCCAGGUCAGCAUGCACGGGAACUCGGGGAUUCAGGCAACCACGGAGGUUAUCUGGAAAAUGGGGGACCCCAAAUCUCCUAAAGAACCUCGCGGUUAG